AUGGCUAUUAAUGAAGGCCCUACCGUGCGUUACCAUCAGUCCAUACCUUCGAGGCUGAAAAGAAAGUUGUCCAUCGACUUGGCACUUCGCCAGCGCGGCGUCCACUCCAUGUUUUAUAGUGUUGACAGCAUUUUGUUGCUACUGUUAUUUUCAAAUAAAGAAAUUCUCCGCUUAAUCUCAAACGUAUCCAAGAUGAGCAACCCUUGCGAAUGCUGUGAAAGGAAGAUAAGGUUCAUCAGAAAAAUAAAUGGAAAUUUUAUGCAUAGCAUGGUCAUUCCAGAGUGGUUUGUUAGUCAACUUGGGGGCAAAAUCUGGAGAACCAUCAAACUGCAAGCCCCUGAUGGUAUCAUAUAUGAUGUUGGACUUAGUGAGAAUAUGAAUAGAAUUAUCCUCAAGUUUGGGUGGGCAGCAUUUCUUGAUGCCAAUGAAAUCGAAGAAAACUAUUCCUUGAUGUUUCGGUACCUCGGAAACUCCCUCUUUGAGGUUACAAUAUUUGAUUCCAAUGGGAAGGAGAAAGUCUCACGCAGUCACUAUACCGAUAAUUCGAGCAGUUCUCAUCCUGGAGCUACUCAGUCAUCAGCAGGGCAAGGUUCAGAUUCAGAUGGAAGCCAGAAGGAAAGCUUGUACCGGUACAAAAAAUCAGCAAAGAUGCCCGCAAUAUAUUCUUCUUCUGAGGAAUUCUCAGAAGACAAUUUUGUGGAGUCGGAGGAUCAACAGAUGCUUUCAAAAUAUUGUGUCUUCUCAGGGCGGUGCUAUCUUACAGAAGCACAGAAGGCGAAAGUUCUUGCACUUGUAAAGAAAAUUCGACCCGAAAUCCCGGUGCUUGUUGUAGAGAUGAAGAAGAGCAAUGUAAAGCAGAGUGGUACUCUGGUAAUAUGUAAGGAUUACGCACGCAAGCACAUGCCAUGCGAAGGAACAAAUAUCAUACUCCAGCUGCCUCGAAAAGACAAGGGUUGGAAGUGCAGAUUCCAUAUCAGGCCAUCUGGAACAUCUGACGCUGGUCGCCGCAACCUUUCAUUGGGGAACUUUGUCCGUGACAAUCAUGUUAGAGAAGGCGAUAUAUGCCUCUUUGAACCAAUGACAAAUGCUAAGGAGAAAAGAUUCACUAUGACUGUCCAUCUCGUUCACAAAGCGGGCAUUUAUCAUUCCCCUGGUGAAAGAACUGACAUUGGCUCAAAUCAUGGAAGGACGAGCACUAAGAUGGCAAGUGCUAUGGAUGAACCACCUACUGAUGGUGAAGAGUACUCUUCGGAACAUGAAGAGCAUGGAGUCUCUGAUCAUUCUGAGGGAGGUUCUGAACCUCCCUUCAUGCUGGCAGACAAAGCUUACCUAACACGAGCACAAGAGAAGAAAGUGUUGGAGAAAGUCGAGGAAAUCGAGUCAGAAGUACCCUUGUAUGUUGCUAUCAUGAGCAAGUCCAAUGUCUAUCGGGGUGGUGGCUGUAACACUCCCACCCUACACUUUGGCUACCAAUACACAGGCAGAUAUCUUGUUCAGAAGUCUGCUGCUGGCCAUCAUCGUGGAAAGAGUAGCCUGAUCAGUUUGAUGCUUCAUAGGGAGGGGAGGAGUGGAUCAUGGCCUACCAAGAUGCAACACAGCAUGCAACACACAACUCAUGCGAUGAGGGUUCUCAAAGGAUGGACGUUUUUCGCCCGCGACAACCGCCUGCGGGAGGGUGACCUCUGUCUCUUCAAGCUGAUAAAGAACAAGGAGCCUCUCACUAUGGUGAUCCACAUCAUUCGCCGUGAGGAAUGUUAG